UGACGCACUUGUCAGACCAUUGUAGUAAAUAAACGAAGGCAAAGCCAAAGGUUAAUGAUAUAUUCUCUCUUUCCGUCAGGAAUUGUGUGUUAUUCAUUUACGUCUUGAAUCUAAAUUGCUAUGUUUUAUUGCAUAUUAUGAGCAACUCGCGAAAUCCUCCGCAAAAUGAGACAGACAUUCGAAAUAACAACGAUGAACUCGAAGACUUGAUCAGCAAAUGUGAAAAUGCAGACGGGUCUAAUCCACACGGACUGAGUUCUGCCGUCAGCUCUACGGUAGCGGCUGUUACCAGUAUAUUUAGAUGGUCACCACAGCACAUCAGUAGAAAGAGAUCUGCUGAAUCGGACCAAGACUCCCAGAGUUCUGGAAGCAUGAAUUCUGACUCUCCAAGUAAGUCGGGCCUUGCAAAAUUUUCUCCGGCUCCAUACUCCCAAAUUAGGACUGAGGUGAAGAAAGAGGACAUGGAGGAACCUGCUGAACCUCUCCUUAAUGUCACCAAUAACAUAUUCACUAAUGGUCGGGAAAUCAGACAGCGCCACAGCUUCAGUAGUAACUAUGAUGUACGACGACACACAGAGCCCACAAAAGAAUCUGAGCAGAGUCCAAGUUCUGACAGUGUGUCCUGGGGUAAAGCUUCAGGGGUCAAUUUAGACAGGACAGAUUCCAAAUCAUCCAAGUCCCCAACCCUUAGUGGAUCCAGUAUAUCGAGGGGAAAGUCAUUGUCUUUCAGGGAAUCAUCUAGUCACAACAGAACACCCACCAAAUCAGCUGAUAAAUCGGAUUCCGGCAGCAGGAGUAGUAUUGAGUUUGUUCGAGCACACUCAAGGGAACGUUCAUUUGAGAAGUCUUUGGAAAACAUCAUGGACAAAUGCUCAGAGAAAUCUGUAGAAUUGAAUGUUAGUCUGGAGUCUAAGAAUGGUGUAAUCAGUGAUAGUAGUCGAGUUGAUGAGAACAGUCUGUCGUCAGUCAAGAAAAGUGGGGAUAAAACUGACAAGAAAAAGAAAAAUACUCCUUGGUACACUAUGUGGAAUUCUUCAUAUAAAACAAAGAGUGAAGAUUUCAGGAAGAUUUUUAAGGAUGUAAACAGAGAGGAUCGGCUUCUUGUAGAUUAUUCUUGUGCCUUGCAAAAAGAAAUUCUGGUCCAAGGCAGGAUGUAUAUUACACAAAACUGGGUCUGUUUCUAUGCCAACAUAUUUACUUGGGAAACACUGCUGGCCAUUCCAUGUAAAGAGAUCACCUCCAUCACUAAAGAGAAGACAGCUCGAGUGAUUCCUAAUGCUAUACAGAUCCAGACAGAGAGAGAGAAGUACUUCUUCACUAGUCUGGGGAACAGAGACAAGACAUACAUGAUGCUGUUCCGAGUCUGGCAGAAUGCUCUACUGGGACAGCCUAUGGCAGCUAAAGAGAUGUGGCAAUGGAUUCACUAUAACUACGGGGAGGAGCUGUGUCUGGACUCCAGUGAUGACGAUUAUGUAGCCCCACCCUCACUCAUAGAAGAACCAAUCAGGGAGGAGUCUGUGACCCCCAAUAGGUUGAAUCAGACAGAAAACACAGACUCUGAUUGUAUCCUGUUACCAGGGCUACCUCAGAAUGACCUGGACAUUAAUAACAGUAAAGACCAGCAGUUAUUUGCCCCAGCAGCAGUAGAGGAUAAUCCAGUGGAAGAUGUUGCUACUGAUCAGAGUGAUACCACAGAGGACAGUGAGGGAGAAGGAACACUGUUUUGUGCUGAACAUAACCAUUUUGAGAAACCUAUGUUGGAUGAGGUGUACUUUAUUCCAGUGGAGAAAAUGUUUGAGAUGCUGUUUACAGAGUCCGACUUCUACAAUGAGUUCCACUCUAGAAGGGGGUCAAAAGACUUCACCUUUACCCCAUGGAAAGACAUGGGACAUGGUAAACAAACUCGCACGGUCAGCUACACCAUCCCAUUAAACUACUCGAUAGGUCCAAAGUCUUCCCAGGCCGUUGAGCUGCAGACUUGUCAGAAGGAUCCAACCCCUGGUACUUACUUCACAGUAGACACAGAGUGUUCCUGUCUGGGGAUUCCUUAUGGAAAUACAUUCAUAGUUGUCAAUAGAUACUGCAUAUCCAAGGUCAAUAGGUACAAGUCCCGUCUCCAGGUCACGUCAGAGGUCCGCUACAAGAAGUCUGUUUGGGGACUGGUCAAGAGUAUGAUAGAGAAGAAUAGUAUACAAGGUUGUAUAGAUCACUUCAAUACCCUUAGUGUUCACUUGAAGCAAGAGUCAGACAAAUUUGAAACCAGUGUUCUGCAGACUCGUGCUAGUGGCAAAAGGAAAAUUAGAAAGAGGAGAGUUCGAGCUCAGCAUCCAGUAGUCCCAGAAAUCCACAAACUAAAACCCACCAGACACCUGUCUCUGAUAGAUAAACAGACAAGACAAGCUGUCAAGUCAAGUCUAACACCCACCACCCCAGUCAAAAGUGUUACAAUACAUAAAGAGGAUAUCUCUAAAUUAAAUGCAGAUACAUUAGUUAGAGUGAUAUUGGUUGUAUUGGUCUUGUUGGUUUUCUUUAAUGCCAUACUUUUCUAUAAGCUCUGGUCUUUGGAGAGUUACACUAAUAUAGUGUACUUCCCACGACAACAUACAGUGACUGAAGAUCUCAAAAAUUACCCCAAAUCACAAGAAGAAUGGAUCCAGUUACUACAACAACAAAGACAAUUACAUGAGAGUGAAAUUGAUAGAUGGAAGGAAAUAAUUACAUCCUCAAUAGAUCUUAUAGAUCGAAUAAAAGGCACAUUGGGUGAUGUGAAAAACAGUUUAGAAGGCAGACUUCAGAAUUCAGACUUUUUUAAGGGAGAGAAUACAUAACACAGAGGAACCAGUUCUAAACUGGUGACCUUUCCCUUAUAAUCUCUAAAUAACACAAAGGCAGGCAGCUGGCUGCUUGCU